CAGCCACUCAGGGUUUUUUAGAACUUCAGCUAUCAAAAUGGGCAGAAUUUUCCUUGAUCAUAUUGGUGGUACCCAUCUGUUUUCUUGUGCAAACUGUGACACGAUCCUGACUAACCACUCAGAACUCAUCUCCACUCGGUUCACAGGUGCCACCGGUAGAGCAUUUCUUUUUAACAAGGUAGUUAACCUACAGGACAGUGAAGUUCAAGAUCGGGUCAUGCUCACUGGCUGCCACAUGGUUCGAGAUGUGAGCUGCAAAAACUGCAAUAGCAAACUGAGAUGGAUCUAUGAGUUUGCUACUGAAGACAGCCAGCAUUAUAAGGAAGGCCAUGUGAUCCUGGAACGUGCUCUAGUUGAAGAGAGUGAGGGCUUUGAGGAGCACGUACCAUCUGUGAAGAAAAAGAGAUAA